AUGGGUGGCCAAGGCCCCCAUAAUUAUGUCUACGACGGAGGAGCGGUUGGGAAGGUCGGUGAAGUCCAGUCGGCACUGAAGGCACAGUUUCGUGCGACCGGCAAGGGACAGGUGCCCGCAUAUGAGAUCCGAGAGACGAUGAGGCCACUUGCAGAAGGGGGACUGGGUGUGAUCGACUUCAAGACGAUGCAGAAGGCGCUGAACAUGUACUGGAUUCAGGCGUAUCUGCAGAGCGGCUGUGGAAAGGGCUGUAUCACCGCAAAAUUGACUUCCCUAAGCUGA